AACACCCCUCUCUCUCUCUCUCUCUACACACACACACGGAGAAGGACAGAGGAAGACUCAAAAAACCCACGGACCCUUUGAACCUUUUGUCAACAACCCCUUUUGGAUUUCCAAUCCGAACCUCCAAAAUCUUCCCAAAUUUUGAAACUUUAUUAACAAGCGACCCCAAAUCUUUAAUUUUCUCAAAGAACACCAGAAAUCCACGAAAGGGUUGUCGGAUUACAGAGAAAAGUAUCAGUUGUUGGGGUUGUUGUUGGGAAAUGAGGGAUGUUUUCGUGGCUGGCAAGGAUAGCGUGUACGUGUUGGAGGCCAUUGAGGAGAUAUGCCCGUAUGAACAAGGAUGAUGUCGAGGACUCGUCGUUGGAGGACCCUUUGCUGUGGUGCAGAAGCCUCGACAGGCACAGCUAUGGAGAAUUCUCCUUCGCUGUCGUGCAGGCCAAUGAAGUUAUUGAGGAUCACAGCCAAGUGGAGACCGGCCGUGACGCCACCUUCGUCGGUGUUUAUGACGGACAUGGUGGACCUGAUGCUUCUCGCUUCAUUAAUGACCAUCUCUUUCUUCAUCUCAUGAGACAUGCUCGAGAAAAGGGAACCAUAUCUGAAGAUACCCUUAGAAGUGCCUUUUCUUCAACUGAGGAUGGGUUCCUUACUCUUGUGCGUAGGACAUGUGGAAUAAAGCCAUUAAUGGCAGCAAUUGGGUCUUGUUGUCUGGUUGGAGUUAUCUGGAGGGGGACAUUGUAUGUUGCUAAUCUAGGAGACUCCCGAGCAGUCAUUGGUUCUGUAGGUAGAUCGAAUAAGAUAGGUGCCGAACAGCUAAAUAGGGAGCACAAUGCAAGUAUGGAGGAGGUUAGACAAGAACUCAGGUCUUUGCAUCCAAAUGAUUCACAUAUUGUAGUUAUGAAGCAGGGAGUUUGGCGUAUCAAAGGCAUCAUACAGGUAUCCAGAUCUAUCGGUGAUGCAUACUUAAAGAGGCCAGAAUUUUCUCUUGAUCCCACGUUUCCAAGGUUCCACCUUCCUGAACCUCUUGGCCGGCCUGUGCUAACAGCAGAACCAUCUGUAUGUGCUAGAGUUCUACAGCCCAAUGAUAAAUUUGUAAUAUUCGCAUCCGAUGGGCUAUGGGAGCACAUGACAAAUCAGGAAGCUGUGGAGAUUGUACACAAUAAUCCUCGAGCAGGAAUUGCGAAAAGACUUCUUAAAACAGCUCUGAGUGAGGCAGCUAGAAAAAGGGAGAUGAGACACGAUGACCUUAAGAAGGUUGAAAAGGGAGUUAGGCGGUUCUUUCACGAUGACAUUACGAUUGUUGUCAUUUUUAUAGAUCACGAUUUACUGGGGAAGAACCAACCCGCGCCUGAGCUGUCAGUAAGAGGGUUCAUUGACACUGUUGGACCGUCAAGGUUUAACAUGUUCAAGGAUUGACAUAAAUUUGAAGUUGGUAUAACAUCCAGUAACUUGAUUGGCUGAGCCUGGUCUUAAGCAACCGGUUUCAGUAAGUUUUAUUCUCCUUAAACAAUUUUCUAACAUUGGGUUGUUUUCUUCUAGUGUUUUUCUUUGCUCCCUUUGACUUUUCUUAUAUAAACUCAUUUCUUUCCGUAAAACUAUGCACCCUAGGCAAAGGUUAUGGGUAAAGCUUCAGAUUUUUUUCAGGGUUCAUAAGUUGGAGUCUGUAUACACCCAAAAGCUGUGCAAUGUAUUUCGUUUUAAUAAAUCCGUUCUUGUUACGCCUUAUAAGUUACUGUUAGUGUUUUGAGACUGUGGAGCUAGUGAAGUGACUUGAAACCUUAUUGGUCCUCAAGUUGCUGGAAAACCAGUGGUGUAAUUCCGAAAUGCAGAAUUCUUAUGCUAUCUUCUUUUACAAUGCAAAGCCAUUAUUUUGAAAUAUUUUCAA